UUGUUUUUGGGAGUGUUUUGUUGUUUUUUCUUGAGACUUUGUGUAAGAAUUUGGUGUUGCGUUUUCACGGCAUGAGGUGUAUCGAUAGGUGAGACGACCUGUGGCGCUUGCGUAAAUCAAUGUGCGCCGUCCGGUAUCUUCAACACCCGGACGGCGUCAUCAGCGGAACCGACGCUGCCGCCAGUGUCGAAAAGCAGCGUCGUGAAGCGUCAUCGUUUCGCUACUUUUGCCCCAGGUCGUUCUGCAUUUCAGAUUGCGAUGGCGUCGAAAUGAGCUCCAUAAAAAAAUGAUAUGAUUUAGAUAAUAGAAAUUUUACCACUGACAAUCGAUUUAAUGUAUCUAAUAGUUUAUUGUUGAAAUAAUAAGUGUGCUUAGUCGUUAAAAUCAUGAAGAAUAACGAUGAGACAAUUCUCGAAAUUCUUCAAGGACACAAAACUUCUAAAUGGCCGGCUGCAAAACUCGUUAAAAUUUUCAUUGCCAGCACUAAAGCAGAUUUUGUUGAAGAGCGACGUCUUUUACUUGAAUAUGUUGGUCCAGAACUUCAAACGGUAUUCGAUGAACAAAAGAUUGAGGUCGAACUAGUUGACAUGUUUUUCGGAGCGUCGGAAAAGGAUACCUUCGACGCUAAAUUAUUCGAGGAUCAUUUAAACGAAAUAAGAAUGUGCCAUAAAUUAUCACGGGGAUGUUUCUUUUUGAGUUUGGUUGGAAAUAAAUACGAACCUUUUAUAGUUCCUCCUCGUUUGAAAUCGGAAAAUUUUGAAGCCUUACUCGAUAAAGUAGGAGAAUUGGGGCUCAAUUGUGAUAUAUUAGAAAACUGGUACUUCAAGGAAGGAAACGAAUAUAUAUUAAAAGACUGCAGAUUCUCAACUUUAGAAGAAUGGAGAGCUAUAUCAGAAGAAAUAAUCACUAUAAUUCAUGAAUGUAUGCAAAGUAUGCCUGCAACAACAAAGAAAAAAUUUAGCUCGUAUUUAAAAUCAGUUGUCGAACAACAAUUUAAUUUUGCUUUAGGCUUGGCACCCGGCACUGCUCAUCACGUAUUAAACGUUUUUAGAGAAUGGGACGUACCUGAAGAGACUGAACAAUUUCAUCAGGAAAAUUCUAGCCAUGUUAAUAAAACUAUAGAAAAUUAUUGUCGCGAACAAAUAAAGUUGUUUCAUUCAAAUAUAAGGUUACUUAUUCCAGAAGAAAAUAAUCUUAAUUUCAAAGUGCCUUGGAAACCUGGGGGAAUAAAUACGAUACAUGCAGAACACGAAGCAUAUCUAAACGAAUUUAAAAGUCGUGUUUUAAAUAAAUUAAAAGAAUUAAUUAGAAAAAGUUUGGACGAUGAACCGGAAUUGAAAUCUAAAAAGAAGAUCGUCGAGGAGAACUUUCAAGAAAAUAUAACUCACUUAACUCUUUGUUAUGACGAUAUCAAAAUAGAUUUUUCCAAUUCGGAAAUCUUGGAACGAGUUAAACAGAUAGUACAAAACACUACAAAUGUUAGACAUAAUCCAAUUUUGAUAUACGGCAACCCUGGUUCGGGAAAAACCUCGCUUAUACAAACAAUAUACAGAAACUUCGAAAAGUGGUUUACAUGCAGAACUCUUAGAAUAAUAAGGUUUACUUCAACGACCCCUCGAUCUUCAUAUAUUUUAGAGCUGUUAAGAGUCAUAUGCCAACAAAUUUGCAUAGCAUUAAAGCUUCCAGAAGGUUUCUUACCAAAAGACGCUUCCUUCGACCCUUUGUAUAUUAACAACUGGUUUCAAAGUUUACUCAGAAAUUUCGAGGAUAUGAAUCAAAUCCUUGUUAUAUUUAUCGACGAUUUACAUUUACUCAAUCCGUUAGACGCCGACGCUGUUAAUGCCCUCAGCUGGAUACCAAUAACUCUACCCAAAAGAGUCCACAUGAUAUGCACAACUUCCACAGAACUGGACAAACUCAGAAUGACACCGGUACAAAAAGAAAAAUUUAAAAAUUCAGACUCAUACCUCGAAAUACCCGCAGUUGACGCAUUCGACGAUUACGUGAAUACGAUAUUUGACAGUUUGGAGGAAUCUUUUACGAAAAACGCCGUUGCGAAGAUAUCCUCGUUGAUAACUUGUUCGGAGUACGGUCUAACAGAGACUGAACUUUUGGAAAUUUUAAUGCCGACGAGUAAUAGCGAGGCUGUAAUUCAUGUCGAAGACGGUAAUUUUAAUUUUUCUUCCCUGUGCUCGAUCCGGCGAAAGUUCGAACCUCUCCUUAGGGAGAAAAUAAUGAGUGGAAAAUUACUGAUCGAAUGGAGUCACGUGACGAUUAAAGAGAUUGUGCGGAAACGUUAUCUCCACAAUCAGGAAACUUUAAGAAGCACACAUUCGGAAUUAGCUAACUUAUUUUUCUACGAGUUUUGCAGCGAUGAAAGCUGCGACGAAGAGGACGAAGAAGGGGAGCCAGCACCGCUUUUAUCCGAAAUUAGGGAAACUCCAUUUCAAUCGACGGUUUAUAAAGACGUUACAUAUAGUCAAAGACAUAUCGAGGAAGCUUGGAUCCAUCUUUUGCUCGCUGGUGACACAAUUAAACUAAAAACUUUGUGUAUGUGCAAUUACGACUUCCUUCUUGCCGCUUUGCAAACAUUUUCGGUUAGCUACUUGCGAUGCUUGCUGGAGCAUGUCCGAUGUUAUCUUCUUGAUAGAGAGAUCGAAUUGGUUUACUAUUCAAUUAGAAAGUCCACGGAUGUGUUAACUCGGGAUACUUAUCAAUUAGGCACUCAGCUUAUCUCUUGGUUAAGGCCAGUCAUAGAACGCGGUGGUGGUUUGAUGAGUUCUCUGGUUACUUCUGCCAUGGCUUGGUGCGAUGGUUUCACUUUACCUCUCGUCGUUCCAUUAACAGACUGGCUGCAACCACCUCUUCCACAACAAUCCCGCGUAAUUAACACUCCGAGUGUGCGACUUAUCGAGCCUACUCCUUCCGGACAACAUGUUGUUUGUGUAGUCGAUUCCGAGCCUCAGCUUUGGCACAUAAUGAGCAACCAAUUAGUGCACACCUUUAAAGGUCAUACGGGGAAAAUAAUUUGUAUGGCUGUGACCAAACAUUCCCAGUUCUUGUUUACCGGUUCGGAUGAUUUAAGUAUAAUCGUUUGGGAUUUGAAAUCAUUCAGUAUUAAAUUACGAAUUCAUGAGCACAUCGCACCGGUUUUGUGCAUAACCGGUGCUCUAAAUAAUUCGGUCAUUAUCAGCGGGGGAGAGGACAGUAGUAUCAUUAUAACUUCUCUAACAGAUGGACACGUCGUCAUGAAAAUAGACCACCAUCGAGGCCCCGUAACUUCCGUCAAAGUCACUUCAACGGGUGACAUUUUAGUUUCUGGAAGUCAUGAUGGAAGAGUCUGUUUGUGGUCUUUGGAAACUUACACUUUGCUUAAUACGAUUACGUUACAAUCUCCGAUACAAAUGAUCGAAGUUUCGGCCGAUUCGGUCUUUCUAUUAGCUUGUUGUAGGGACAACAAUCUGUAUUUACGCACAUUGGCGACGGGAACCGAACUCCAUAGUUUAGUUGAGCAUAAAACAAAGGUCAGAUCAAUUUGUCUUACUCAAGACAGCUGUAGAGCUGUCAUUGGUGGUGCAGACGGAAAAGUUUACAUUUACGAUAUUCAUAGUGCCAAAUUAAUUAAAUGUUUUACGGGACAGAACGGUGAAAUUAGCGCCGUUCGGGUUACUGAUAAAGAUGAUUUUCUUUUAACUGCCGGUGGAAAUCGUGUUAUAUUUUAUCCGUUUCGAAGCGACGAUCACAUUAAAAGUUUUUCAAAGAUGAAAAAGAAGUCGCAACAUCAUCUACAAGCCCAUGGUGGCUUUUUAACUUGUUUGGAUAUUUCACGAGACGGCCAAUUAUCUGUGACUGGUGCAUUGGACCAUAUUGUAAAUGUCUGGCAGCUUAAUAGUCAAGAGUUAGUAUUGACUCUGAAGGGACAUUUAGGUCCCAUCACGGCGGUUAGUUUUGCUGCAAAUGGAUUAUUUGUAGCGUCUGGUUCUGAAGAUAAAACAGUCAAAGUUUGGGGUCUAACUCUCGGUACAUUAGUCUCAACGUUUACGGGUCACCAAGCUGCCGUUUCGACAGUAUUUGUUAUGAUGGAUUCGACUCGGAUAAUCUCGAGUGACAGAAACGACACUUUAUGCAUUUGGCUAGCAGAUAACGGAAAUCUUUUACAAACAUAUCCUGGUCCUAGUAAAUGUGUUAGAGUUACAAAUAACAUGAAGUACUCAAUAGCAACAAAUGGAGACAUCUCGCUGAAAAUUUGGUCUUUAGUUAAAGACGACGAAAAAUAUAACGUCAACCAUUCCGAAGAAAUAACAUGCUUUGUUCUAACAAUAGACUCUCAACACAUUAUCACAGGGUCUAGGGAUAUGUCAUUGAAAGUUUGGCAAGUCGUUGGAGGGAAACUCUCUCAAGUAUUAAUCGGCCACACCGACUCUGUAACUUGCGUGGCAGUUUCAGUUUCGGAUAAAAGUCAAGUGAUUUCGGGAUCGUGCGAUAAUAACCUUAUAGUAUGGGAUAUAAACACCGGAGCUGAUUUAUACACACUUUCCGCACACUUAAGUUACGUUACUUGCGUUAAAUUAUCCGGGGAUGGAACAAUAGCGAUCUCAGGAUCCGACGACAAAAGUAUAAUCAUUUGGGACACAAAAAGAGGCUUACAACUAACGUCGCUCCAAUUGCAUUACCCGAUCAUAAGCAUCGAACCCACAUCAGACUUUUCCCGAAUAUCAGUCCUAUUGAAAGAUACUAACUUCAUGCCAAUUAUUUGCUUACACAACACACCGGCAAAGUACGUCAAACUCCCAACUUAUUGCGCACCCGACAAGGAUAUAAUAGAAAAUCCCAAACCGGCUCCGAAACGACAAAUGAAGAGAUUAUUAAAGAAGGAAGUUUCUUUAGAUACGUACACUUGGCAAAAGAAAUAUGCUCAUCUCACCUCGAAUUUAGUAAUACCAGCUGUCGAUGAGCGAUUCAAACGCCGAUUUUCGGUAUCCGCGAGUAUGGAAGAAAUCUCGAAAAUCCCACAAAUUAAAGACUCUCAGGGUGGCUUGGGAGCGAAACAAGCUUCUCUAGCGCAAUCUCAGCAUUUUGAUCAAUUGGAAGCUUUGUGGAAUAAACGUUCGCCACCGCGACGUAGACUUCAUCAGUCCUUAUCCAAACAAUCAUCUUUGGCGGAAUCACAUCUCGAUUCGUCGGAUGAAGAUGGACAUCUCGAAGACGGUAAAUAUGUCACGUAAUUUGUUUUUAGCAAAAAUCAUUUAAAAAAGUCAAAAAAAUAUAUGUCGUAUUAGGUCAAACCUUCCCGCAAAUGGAUGUUGUAAUAUGUAGUACUUCCACGAAAUGUUAAACCUAUAUACUAUAUAGAAUAAAAGUAAAAUGCAAAUGAUAAUCUAUUUGACAUAAGUGCUUUCCUUAUGACUGUUUCAAAUUUUUAGACUUUCUAAAAUAUUAUUUUAUAUAAUUGCUAUUUACUCUAGUAAUAAGAAAAAAAAAUCAUAUUAUCAAUUGUACCUUAUUGUUUCUUGUUACUGACUAUUGAAAGCAAUCAUUCCGCACAUUGCAAAAACGUUUGUUGACAUAUUAAUGUUUGUUAUUUUAAAUUUGAGAACUAACUUUACCAGAAAAAAACAACGAAAAUUUUAAUACAAUUGGUCGGUAUACGAAAUUAUUCCGUAUUCGAAAAUGAUGUGCAGUUAUUUUACUUAACAAAAAGUUCUCGAAUUAGACAAAUACUCUAUUUCUACAGUGGAAAUGCCAAUUCUCUUUUUGCGUGAUUUAUUUUAGUCCAUCUGUUAUAUAGCUGAAAAGAAUUCUCAGGACCAAAAAUUUUAUUUAAAUAAUAUAGAUUUUUUAUUAUAAAUUUGUAUUUUUAUAAAAUAACUCAGUUAUUAUAACCCGAUUAAAAUAAAAACUCUGGCAUAACAAACAAGUAACGACGCUCAAUAAAUAAAAUAGUUCACAUUUUAGCGUACAGGUGUACCUAUGUAUAAUUUGAAAAGUCAAACGUAAUAAAAAUGUCAAAAGUGUCAUUUUUAUUGCGCUUGAUUUGAUGUUUCUUCCGACACGCUUACUCUUCAGUGUUCAUAUUUUAAAUGUAUUCGUCUCUAUUCAGAUUACUCUCUAUUGCUGUUUACUGAAUUAUGUGAUCUUACGUAUAAACGAUAAAUUGUUACGUUUGUUUGUUGUACUUAUUUCAAUGUUAGUCAUUGUUACCUAAAGCAAUUCUAAAUCUCGCUACCUAAGCAAUAAUGUAACUUAUUAAAAAAACCACCGUUUAGAAAAAUACAAAUCACAAAUAUAUAAAAUGCUAUGUUAAUAUGUGUAAUGAAUUAGAAAAAUGAGUCGAAAAUAAAACUUUGA